CUUCAUUAUUGGAACAAGAUCGCUUCGCUUCUUAAACCUAGUAAAGGACGUGUUAGGGAUAGGGCUGCCUUUACACUGUGAUGGCAGUCUUCACGUCCACCCAGUAAUCGAUUAUUCCCUUGGGAACUUUAAGGCUUGAUGUAUUUUUUAGCUUAUCAAGGUUUGCACCAGGUGUUAUUUCACGGAAACGACCAUCAUGCUUGUAUUUCCGGGAAACUCCUGGCAUAGCUGGGGAGACUUGACAACAUGGCUUGCCAGGCCCAAACAAAACACUGCCGGUCACGCGUUAGCGGUGAGAAGGCCCUGUGAAAGGAGCACCACCAACACGAUGAAACUGAGGCAGUCUGAUGAAGUUUGGACGGUCAUCAGGGCUUCGUUGGAUUCCUCCCAGUCAAAAGGAACAGUCCAACUCGUACUCAUCUCGAAUAAUGCCUCGUGGCGCUACACGCUGGCGAUAAUGGUGCGGAAACCGAGUGGCUUUGGCAUCCCUCUCCCCCUUUAAAAUUGAUCGCCGAUUCCCUUCCCCCGUCACAUCCCAAACAGAAUUUUGGUGUUCAGAAUAACGCCCCUCUUCUCCUAAAAAACCUAUUAAUUUCCUCGAGCUUCUUAUUUGGGCUAGCGUUCAGUGCUUUGCUCGAUUUCUAGGGUUGAGGCUAGGUUUUUUCUUGGGAGAAGCCAGCCAUGAGGGUCCACCCGGCGCCCAGGAAGCGGAACAUCGCCUUCCGCUGCGACGCCAGCCCGCGCCUCUCCGCCGCUGGCGCCGGCGACGGCGGACGGCAGAAGAAGCUCCGCCGCCUGCCCCACAUAUUCAGCAAGGUCCUGGAGCUCCCUCUGGGCUCCGACGCCGACGUCUCCUUCGAGGAGGGCCCCGACGGCUUCCGCUUCGUGGCGGCCACGGACGACCUCUGGGACGACGUCCGGGCCCACGCCAUUGAGAUCCAUCCCGGGGUGAUGAAGGUGGUGGUCAGGGAUGGCCACGGAAAGGAGGAGGAGGAGGAGGAGCUCGAUCUCGACCGGUGGAGGUUCCGGCUGCCCCCCUCCAGCCGGCCGGCGCUCGCCACGGCCGCCUACACCGACGGCGAGCUCGUCGUCACUAUUCCUAAGGCCGAGUAGGGCAUCGGAGAAGACAAGGAUGAGGGAAUUAUAUAUGCCUCUACAUCUGCCUCUCUUUGAGGUGGUUAGUGCUCCGCUGAGCGAUCUUUCAUGUAAUUAUGGAGGGUUGCUUGAUUAAUCAAUGUUAUUCCAUUUCUUUAAUAGUGAUUUUCUCGCAUACUGGGUGGAAUUUUUUAUUUAA